AUGGCGUUCAUGUGCAGACAGGUCACCGGGACACUCGCCAGCUGCACCGGUUGGGUCGGCCUCAUAGUUGCCACGGCGACCAACGACUGGGUGCGCACGUGCGACUACAGCGUGGCGACGUGCGUGCGCAUGGACGAGCUCGGGUCCCGCGGGCUCUGGGCGGAGUGUGUGAUCUCGCCCGCGCUCUACCACUGCGCCGGGCUCAACCAGAUCCUCUCACUGCCAGCGUACAUCCAGACGUCGCGUGCCCUCAUGAUCUCGGCGUGUCUCAUGGGGCUGCCCGCUCUGCUGCUCGUGCUCAUGGCCAUGCCCUGUGUGCGUCUGCAGAACGACACGUCCACCAACAAACUGCAGAGGUCCAGGAUCGGAGGAGCGCUCUACGUCAUCAUGGGUGUGUUCGGGAUCAUCUCCACGGUCUGGUUUCCGAUUGGCGCGCACCAAAACGAGGGCGUGAUGUCUUUCGGUUUCUCUCUGUACUGUGGCUGGGUCGGGGCCGGGCUCUGUUUCCUGGGCGGGAUCAUUAUCCUCUGUUGCUACGGCGCCGACCCCUCGCUGCCGAGUCGCGACACGAGUUUCUACUACUCCAGGUCCCGCGGCAUCGCCAUCCCCUCCGACCAGCCCGCCAACCACGCCAAGACCGCCCAAGUCUGA